GACAGCUCUAGGGGGCCGGGCCUGAGGGGUCAGAGUCCGCAGGGGUCGUGAUCCGGCCGGACCACCCCGGCAGAGUCCAGUCUUGCUCGCAGCCCGCCGCCCGCCGCCCUGCUCCGUGCCUGCCAGCAUGUCGUUCGUCCCGGUGGCCGCGGAUUCUGACUUCCCCAUCCACAACCUGCCCUACGGCGUCUUCUCCACCAAAAGCAACCCAAGACUGAGGAUUGGCGUGGCCAUUGGCGACCAGAUCCUGGACCUUAGUGUCAUUAAGCACCUCUUCACCGGGCCUGUCCUCUCCAAACACCAGGAUGUCUUCGAGCAGCCAACUCUCAACAGCUUCAUGGGCCUGGGUCAGGCUGCCUGGAAGGAGGCAAGAGGAUUCUUGCAGAACUUGCUGUCUGCCAGCCAAGCCAGGCUCAGAGAUGACACGGAGCUUCGGAAGCACGCGUUCACCUCCCAGGCUUCUGCCACGAUGCAUCUUCCCGCCGCCAUAGGCGACUACACGGACUUCUAUUCCUCUCGGCAUCAUGCUACGAAUGUCGGAAUCAUGUUCAGGAGCAAGGAAAAUGCAUUGAUGCCAAAUUGGCUGCACUUACCGGUGGGCUACCAUGGCCGUGCUUCCUCCGUCGUGGUGUCUGGUACUCCAAUCCGAAGGCCCAUGGGACAGAUGAGACCUGAUGACUCUAAGCCUCCUGUAUAUGGUGCCUGCAAACUCUUGGACAUGGAGUUGGAAAUGGCUUUCUUUGUAGGCCCUGGGAACAAGUUGGGAGAGCCAAUCCCCAUUUCCAAGGCCCAUGAGCACAUUUUUGGAAUGGUCCUUAUGAACGACUGGAGUGCUCGAGACAUUCAGAAGUGGGAGUACCUCCCUCUUGGGCCGUUCCUCGGGAAGAGUUUUGGAACCACCAUCUCUCCGUGGGUGGUGCCCAUGGAUGCCCUCCUGCCCUUUGCCGUGCCCAACCCAGAGCAGGACCCCAGACCCCUGCCGUAUCUCUGCCAUGACCAGCCCUACACGUUCGACAUCAACCUCUCUGUCGCCCUGAAAGGAGAAGGAAUGAGCCAGGCAGCUACCAUAUGCAAGUCCAAUUUUAAGUACAUGUACUGGACGAUGCUGCAGCAGCUCACUCACCACUCUGUCAAUGGUUGCAACCUGCGGCCGGGGGACCUCUUGGCUUCUGGAACCAUCAGCGGGCCAGAGCCGGAAAGUUUUGGCUGCAUGUUGGAGCUGUCAUGGAGGGGAACAAAAGCCAUAGAGCUGGGGAAUGGACAGACCAGGACGUUUCUCCUGGAUGGGGAUGAAGUCAUCAUAACAGGGCACUGCCAGGGGGACGGUUACCGCAUCGGCUUUGGCCAGUGUGCUGGGAAAGUGCUGCCUGCUGUUUUGCCAGUGUGAGAUCUCCCUGCUGUCCUGGAAUAAGGGUUCAGCUCCCCUGGGGGACCAGGGGCCCCCUCUGUCUGUAGGCCUGGUUCUUCAUUCAAUAAUAAAUAAAGCCAUUGUCUUCCGUCUCCA